AUGUUGUCAGCUUACGCCAGAUUUAUCGUCCGCCACUCCUACCUUACUCUCUUCACUGUAACCGCGAUCUCAUCCAUCCUUACUGUGAUCCCACUGGUAUGCCAUGACUUACCAUCAUUUUCUGAUCCCAUAGUGGGUUUUGAAACGCGAGGAACCACCUUAGCUCAUCGGUUUAUUGCAUGGGAGAAUCUCAUCGAAGAAACAAGACCUUCUCGAAGUCUCGCAGUGAAUCCGAAAGAAAUCGAGGAUCAGAUUCGCAUGAACCAAACAUACUACAACAGAACACGGCAGGACAGACCGAGGUCAGGUCGCGGCCGUUCUAAGAAAAAAGGACGUGACAAAAAGAAAAAGGUACAUCACAACAACGACACAAAUUUUGAAAAGAAUUGGCCACUGGCAGAACCUAACAUAUCUAGUACCCAUGUCCAUUGGGGAUUUGGAAAAAACAAAACAUUUGAAGAUGAAAAUGCAGUCUUCCUAAAAGAUCACACAAGAAAACAAUGGGUAUCUAUUAAAGAAAUGCAGCGUAAACCCGAUAAACCCAUAACCCACAACUAUGCAUCGGGAACCUGUGGACCACCCAUAUCAGAUUAUGCUCAUUUAGUUAUAACUAAUACAGAUAACACAUCUUUAUUAACAUUUGAAAAUGUAGAAAGGAUGUGUAGACUGCAGUCCAUGCUGGUAGAGCUUGGAGAAGCAGAAUAUUACAAAAUGUGCCAAAGGGAUCUACAUUCUGAAGAUGUCUGUUGCCCAGUGUGGAGUGUGCCAAACUACAUAGCUUUAAUGUCAGGCAAGACUUCCUGUGAAAAUUUAAGUAGAGAUGAUACUUCCCAUCCUUUCGAACAGUAUGAUAUGGUGUACAGUAGCAAGUUCUUAUUUGAGAGAUUCGGAAAGGAUAUUGGUACAGGCAGCAAGAUGCCUCUCAGAUGGAUUUGGGGAGUUAAAGCUAUAGAUAAUGGAAAUCACAUGGAUCCUGCUUCUAAAGGUCAUAUAGAAUUUGAUGGUAGCUUUUCAGUUUCGGAGCCUGAUUCUCAAAAGUGGUUGGCUGGAUUUUGUAAUAGAAUUAAAAAACAGCCAUUUUUCCAACCAACUUUAGGCCCUCUACUCCCAAACUGUUUCAUUGAGAGCUUCAAAAUGUACAUGAGCAGACGCUGCAUUGACCAUAUUGACAAAAUUAAUAGAACACCUUGCUGUGAGACAUCAGUGUUUCCUUAUAAAAAAGAAGUGUUUGAAUUCUGUAUUAUAAAGGCUAUGGAGUCCUUGUACCAGACUCCUCGCGAAUUGUUUAUGCCUGGUGUGGCCGGUCCUAAAUUUCUUAGAAGUGCCAAUCCAACUGUCUCAGCAAUUGUAGUCGAAUUUGAGAGUAUUGUGCCCUACUCUAUGUCAUAUACGGAAAUGGAUUAUUUUUAUAGCCAAGUAGAAAAUUGGACGCAACAUGAAUUGAAAUAUGCACCACCGGGAAUGCAAAGUGGUUGGUUUUUGUCUGACUUACAAUUUUAUGAUCUACAAAAAACAUUAGCUAGCGGAACUGUGAUUGCUCUUAUACUCUCAGCUACAUUAGGUUUUAUAGUACUUGUACCGGCAACAUUAAGCCUCGUGAUUAGCUCAUGUGCUUUAGUGGCCAUGAUAUUUUCCGCAACUAUAACUAUAGCUAUAUUAGUAUUAAAUGGUUGGAAGCUCAAUGUUUUAGAAAGUGUAGCAAUAUCUACUUCGGCAGGGUUAGCUGUGGAUUUUAAUCUUCACUAUGCCCUUUCCUACGCUAAUGCUAAUGGAGCAAAGUCUGCGCGAGUCAAGUGUGCAUUGUCGUCGUCUUCUGGUCCAACUGCGGCUGCCGCGUUGACGACUGGGUUCGCAGGAAUAUUUUUAUUGCGCUCAAAUCUCCUGCCUUAUUCGCAGAUAGGGUCUUUUCUAGCUCUGAUAAUGGUAGUCAGUUGGAGUUAUGCAACAUUCUUUUUGUGUUCUCUUCUGCAAUUAGUUGGACGUAGCUCUGUGAAAGAAUCUCCUACAGAGGAAAGAAAAUCGGUAUCGCGAGUAAGUUCUGUUUGCUCAGGUGUUCCCAAUUUAGAGAGCCACGAGCUGGAGCACCUGGCAGACAGCAGUCGUACGAAUCUCACGCACUCCCGCAGUCCCUCUAAUGCUAGCGCCACUACCGUUGUUUUACACGAUGACUACGAUAAUUCUCACAAUAAAAUUGUUAAGAAGUCUAGUGAUACGAGUAAUAAUAAAUUCUCCGAAAACGACUGA